AUGGAACUGCAAACCGGAGUUAAACCCGUCGAUAGCUCAUGUGAUUCAUAUGCUGGCAGCUGGCAGCAGCAGCUCCCAGCCUCCCUCACGUCGGGUGACAUUGGCUGGCUCAGUGUUCAGCUCAUCCAACCUGUGAAUUAUAAUUCUGCUCACUAUUUACCCAGUACAUACGACCAUAGGGUGUGGAAAAUAGGGCUUCCCGUCCGCUCAGCCGUACUCAAGCCACACGCCGGUGAGUUAGUAGUUGGGUGGGUGACCACCAGCGAAUCCUCACUGUUGUAUGUUUUUGUUUUUGCAUUAUUUUAUUUGCCAUUAAGGAUGGGCUAUCAUUAUUAG